GAUUUGCCCGUGCAUCGUCCAGAGUGCACCGCGGCUCGGCCAGGCGGGGACGCGGCGCCGCGUGCCGUCUCUAUUUAUAUAUUGACGCGCCCCGCGCCCCUCGCGCACGCGCAAUGCGCACCUGAAAACGUCGAAAGUGAAAAUUGCACAUAAUGGUACCGCACGGUGCACUGCGCCGCUCACAGGACUAGACAUAACUACACACGAGAGACGCGCGAGGAACCCGGCACCGGCGGCUUCUAGCGGGCCGCUAGGAUGGCCGUUGAGCGCACGCCGACACCCGGCACUGCGGCAGUUCUGCGUCACACAUCAGCUGUACCGGCGCGCUCGUGACGUCGAGUGUUCGAGCCGGCGCGAUGGCGUCCACGAUGCAGCUGGAGUUCACCCAAGCGAUGACGGAUUUUAAGACGAUGUUCCCGGACAUGGACGACGACGUGAUCGAGGCGGUGCUGCGCGCGAACCAGGGCGCCGUGGAUGCCACCAUCGAUCAACUGCUGGCGAUGAGUACCGACAACCAGAACGAGAGGUUGCGGCUGGAGAUGGAGAGGGUGGAAGGUGCGAGCCCGCGCAGGCCGCGCCGCACCCCGCGCCCGCAGCGCAACGGCGAAGACAACGACACCACGGCACUCGUAGACAUGGACGACGACUCGGUACCGCUAGCCGUACGAAGGAAAUGGGUACCGCGAAUGCUUGGACCUUUACCGCCCAUGUUUCUGCGCAUACCUCCUGGCACUGACGCGCGAAUAGACCUGAGUUUGGACAUGGACGACGACCGCAUAGCCACGUUUCUGCAGAAUGAGGAGUUCAUGGCUGAACUCAGGUGGAACCAGGAGUUCAUGGCGGCGUUGGAUAGUGAGCAGGGGAAGACGAAGGGUGAUGACGAAGCGGAUUUUAAGGAGCGGCUUAAGAAUAUGGGGAAACUAUCGCGCAAGAAGUUCGCACAACUGUCGCGCAUGUUCUCACGCAGCGCGGGCGCGUCGCGGCGCUCAGGCGGUGCGCGCGCGCCUCCUCGUGGUCCGCCCGACAGCCUGCUGCUGCAGGAGGAACACAGCGACGACGAAGACCAUCAUCGGCCUCACAAGGUUUAACUGCACAAUAACGGGUAGAGUUUUAAGACCUGUUUUGCCUAUCCGGUCAGCUUUGAUAAUGAUAACAUAUUUAACGGAAGCUGCUGCUGCGCCCACACAGCAAAAGAUAGAUAGGGAAAAACGCGCUCCCCCUCUUCUAUUUCCUCACUACUUUGUGAAGUUAAUACUAAAGAUGCGGGGCGGGCGAUAGUGAUGGGCGGAUGGACCUAAACUGAAAUAUGUAGAAAACGUUCGUUACGAGAGAACGAGUGUUCGAACGAGAAUGAAAAGACGCAUUUACAGGGUUAAAGAGGUAUUCCCCUUUGGAUAUAUGGUUAUUACGUAUAAUUUUAUUAUUAAUAUGUACCGUAUCUGCAGUACAGUUCCAUAAGUCUCGUAAAAUAUUAGGUACUGAAGUAGAACUGUGUCACUUUGUAGUAUUGAAAAAAAAAACUAAAUGGAAUUAUUUAAUUUUUUGGGGUUAGAAAUGAGAAUAUCACGUAUCAUUUGUGGUAUUUUUUACAAAAAAAAUCAGCCGUAUCGUAUCUGGAGGAGCCCAAACUUGGUAUGUUUUGAAUUUUUUUUUUGUUUUAAUUACAGUCCAAUGAUGUGGUAUAUUUUUAGAAUCGCAUCAAAAAGCCCUUUCAUAUGAUACCACACGCGAUAGGUUUCUGAAAAAAAUACCCAUACCAAAAAAAAUAUGACAGCACUCCCCUCCUAAAGGAUUUUUUUAAAGAACUGCGGCAAAAGUUUUGUUUUACCUCUAGUAUGCGUGGGCCAAACAGCUAAACUGUACAUCGAUUUACGGGUUUUUUUUUGCGUACACCUUCCACUACUAGUCUAGCAGUUACGUAGCGCUACGUAUUGCUAGGGGUAAAGGCAAGACUGCACUCUGUUAAAUAGAGGUGGUUACGAUUGUUAUAUGUAAACGGUAAAUGAAACUAAAGACGAUACGGGGAAUGACUGCAAAGCACUCUCCAAAGAAUGGCUGAUAAGGAAAUUUUUUUGUAAUAAAAAUUAUUCAGAUAAUGUAAAUAAAUGUUGUAAGAGUUGACUCGAUAAGUAGAUUGCUCUAUCUUUUACGUCUUCAAAUUUAGAUGCCGUUAGCGGAUUCUUGUUAGGAUCAAUUUCUAGUUGGCUAUCUUGGUGAUCACACGGUUAGCCUAAGGCACAGGACAUACGGAGGGUUAUGGUACCGCACUUCGCAGCGUUGAAUGCAACUGUAAAUAAACUGCGCAAACUUUUUGUACCCGCGUAUAAAACUCCACGAGGAGGUGAAAUUUUCUUUAUAUAAAUUAGGAAAUAUGAAUUCGACCGACCGACGUCUGAUUUGCAAUCCCUCUGCUUUUGAUUGGUUUAAGACACCUUGCAGGCUUGCUUGCUUAGCAGGAAAUAACAGGCGUAGGUAUUCUAAUUUUAAUAAUAAGUUAAGGAUUAGAUUACAUAUCUAAUCCAGAUCUAAUUCUUAACCUGUUAUUAAAAUGAGAAUUCGCCUGUAAGUUUAAAUACCUAUCUAGGUUAUAUUUUCGUCAUAAAAUUCGCGCGCCACCUCGCAGCAAGCACGGCACCAAGCCGCUUCGUGUAUUCUGCGCCUAACUACAAAUUGCAACGUCGAAAUAUGCAUCGACUAUUAUCCCUUCUUGUGCCCGUUUAGGUCGCCGCAAGAGUAAUAGGGUUUCGUUCCUAAUCCACUAAUGACUUAUUCCAGAAGAUUAGUUAUUUCAUAGCGUACCUAGAAAAUAAGCCCGCAAAUGAAUAAGUAGUAUUUUGAACACGUCUUGUUUUUAUAAAGUAUAUAGUUGUGUAUUUCUAGUCUUCGUUCCAAAGUUAGAUUUAUGUUUUUAGAUUUUAAGUUAUGUGACUAUAAGCAUACUACUAUCGGUAGUAAGUACUUAGAAACUUUGUUGUCCUUCCACAACAAUCAUAUUUACGACAGUUGAUCAACGGUAAAAGCGUCACAGAAACCCGCAUUCACUACAUUGUAUAGUUACUAAAAUUUUAUAAGAAGCUUCUUCAUAGGCUGGCCCGCGUGUGGGAAUUAUGCUAUAAAAUAAAUGUUUGAGGGAAGAGCAGCCAUGCGUGGCUUUUUUGCUUACCAAGUACUUGCCUUGGCGAACGAGCACACUGGACCUACCCAAGACGAGAUCGGUAACAAUAACUAUGUGUAGGGUACUGGUGACUACAAUUAUACACUGGUUCGACUGUGGCGAUUAUUCGGUAAGCCAUAUGAAUAGCAGCCGAGGCCUUUGGCCCUGGCCGACACUGAGCUAGGGAAGUUAAAAUGUUACGCAAUUUAAAUAAAGAGUUAUUUCUAUAA